AUGAGCUCUGUAAGUAACGCAGAUGUAUCCACUUUACUGAAUCCAGCAACAGACAAUCUUUCUUUGCUAGAUCAACAAGCAAUUUCAUUAUUUGAAGAAGCAAUCAAAAAGGAAUCUCAAGGAUUGAUGUCUGAUGCAGUUGAUUUAUACAGAAAGUCAUUUAAAAUAAAUGAACAAGUGGAUAAAAUUUAUCGAUCCUUCCAUUUACCAAAUGCUUUACAUAAAUUACAAAAUGAAAGAGGAAAGAAUUAUAUCACUAGAGUUGAUGAACAUAAAGUUGCAAAAAUCAACGUUGAUACCUUACUUGACAGUUUUAAAGAUGUUGAAGCAGUUGCCCCAGAUCCUAUAAAUGGAGAACUGGGUGGAGCUCAAGGUGAAAUGACUAUAAAAUUUGCCAAUAUGAACAUAAAUCAUGAGAUGAUAGCCAGUGUCUCGGUAUCACCACUAGUUCAUUUACCUAAUGACAUUUGGACAUAUAUUUUAGAAAUACUUAUUCAUCAUUCCCCAGAAUCAUGGUUUAAAAUGUCAAUAACGUGUAAAAAAUUUGCAUAUCUAGGGUUUGGACAAUCUACAAUUUGGCGUGAAAUAUGUCAACUUAUUUACCCUUAUCAAAAAUAUGAAGAAAAUCAAUUCUAUUUACAAAACCCAACUUCGACGGGUCAAAUAGAAGAUGAUUCGGAAUUGCCAAUACCCUUUAAUCAAUUACAAAUAUUACCUCAAUAUAAUAAUUCUUGGAAAUUUAUGCUUCAUAAUAGACCUUUUAUUAAAUUUUUAGGAUGUUAUAUUUCUGUGGUUAAUUAUUAUAGUGAAGGAGGCAAGGCAGAGUUUUCUAAUGCAUGGUCAAACCCCGUGAAAACAAUAACUUAUUAUAGAUAUUUAAGAUUUUAUCGUGAUGGUACAGUUCUUAAAGUUUUAUCGGUACUACCGCCAGAUCAAGUUGUUCCCUAUCUACUGAAACAUAAUAAGAUUUUGCCAAGUUCAAUAUCAGAAUUGGGAAAACCAAUAUAUUUACACGAUGAGAACAAGGAAAGUCACAAGAUAUAUAUUGGUAAAUGGACUAUUUCUUCAUCGGGAGAGGUUCACAUUAUUAUUGAAAAUGGAUCAGUUGCAUAUUUGACAUUUCAUUAUUGGUUUCAAGUAAAAUCUUUGGGUCAUAUCAAUAAGCAUGCAAAAUUAACAUGGGUUAGGUACAAUUCUGUUAGGAAACCUACACAAACAGUAACCACCGAAGGUGAAGAGACAAUUGAUGAUAGAGUGGGUGAAAUAAUGGAGUUUUCUAUUAGAAACGAAAAACCCUUUAAAUUUCUGAGAGUUAAAAGUUAUACCCACACCAAUUGA